GCUAGUGGAGAAAGGUUAAAUGGAACUGCUGCUAUAUUAAUCGGCUCUCUUCCUGUCACGACAAAUGUAACACCUAUACGGCUGAUUGGGCUGAACUCUGUGCCUGGUGCUAGUUCCUACAAGGAAGAAGAAAAUGCUCCACAAGAAUCAAUCGAUACAUUUACCGCCGAAAUUUGCCCACCGAUUCCUCCAAAUCUUGAGGGGCCAAUCAAUGUAGAUACCACUUACGAACCGCUGAACGUGAUAGAAGAUCGGUACAAAAACAAACUACAACCUGGAGGACAGUUUAAACCACCCGAUUGCAUGGCGCGCAAUCGAGUAGCCAUUAUUGUUCCAUAUCGUAAUCGCGAGCAGCAGUUGCCGAUCUUCCUCAAAAAUCUACACCAAUUUCUCAUGAAACAACAGCUCGAUUAUGGAAUUUACAUUGUUGAGCAAACGCCUGGAUUAUCGUUUAACAGAGCUGCGCUUAUGAAUAUCGGCUUUACGGAGGCUAUGAAGCAGCGGAACUGGGAGUGUCUGAUAUUUCAUGAUAUCGAUCUGUUGCCAAUGGAUGAUCGUAACCUCUAUACUUGUACCGAUCAACCGCGCCACAUGUCGGUCGGGAUGAGUACAUUCGAUUUUAAGCUGCCCUACGAAACAUUCUUUGGUGGUGUCUCAGCAAUGACCGUACAACAAUUCCGUAAGGUAAACGGAUUUUCCAACGUCUAUUGGGGAUGGGGAGCUGAAGAUGACGACAUGUCAAUGAGGAUAAAACAUUUUGGCUUCCACAUUUUACGUUAUCCUGUUAAUAUAGCACGAUACAAGAUGCUGAAUCAUGAAAAGGAGAAAGGGAAUCCGAAAAGGUUCGAACUAUUAGGAAACGGUGAAAAGCGCUAUGACAAUGAUGGGCUAAACUCGCUGCAUUAUCAACUAAUUAACCUUGUAAAGAAACCUCUUUAUACAUGGAUUCGCACCGCGAUUGCACCAGAUGCAAGUGUAUAGAAUUGGUUGAUUUUAUCCAGAUAUGCAGAUUUAGUUAUUAACUGGCAUUAACUCCACAGGGCAGCUGAUGAUUACCAUUUCUAGCAGAUUGGCU